GGCGACGGCAGCCUCAAGCGCGGUCACCUGCCAGAGCUGCGGUCCCAGGGGCCUCGCGGGGCCAAUCGUUGGAACGCCGCAAAGGGAGAGGCUGGGGAAGCCCUAGAAGCACGCGCAGGCGCACCGGCUCGCACCUGGCUCCCGCCAGGCGCGGGAUUAGGAUUCGCCUGCUACGACUGCGGCUCUCAGUUUCCUCGAGUCAAUCCCUGAUUAGUGGUAUCAAGCUCAGCACUGUUUCCGUUGUACUUCAUUCUUAAUUCCCGGCGCUGUUGGAGGAGGAUGGCAAGACAGCUUGUGGCCAUGAGCCCUCCCCAGUGCUCCUGGGGCUAAGGCUGGGGCUGCAGCCAUGGGACUAGGUUGGCCCCAGGCCUGGCUGCUGGGUCUGCCCACAGCUGUGGUCUAUGGCUCCCUGGCCCUCUUCACCACCAUCCUGCACAAUGUCUUCCUGCUCUAUUAUGUGGACACCUUUGUCUCAGUGUACAAGAUCAACAAAGCGGCCUUCUGGGUUGGAGAGACGGUGUUUCUCGUCUGGAAUAGCCUGAAUGACCCCCUCUUCGGCUGGCUCAGCGAUCGGCAGUUCCUCAGCUCCCAGCCCCGGUCAGGCGCCAGGCUCUCCUCAAGGGCUGUGGUGCUGGCCCGGGUGCGGGCCCUGGGCUGGCAUGGGCCGCUGCUGGCGCUGGCGUUCCUGGCGUUCUGGGUGCCCUGGGCCCCAGCCGGCCUGCAGUUCUUGCUGUGCCUGUGCCUCUAUGACGGCUUCCUGACGCUCGUGGACCUGCACCACCACGCCUUGCUGGCCGACCUGGCCCUCUCAGCCCACGACCGCACCCACCUCAACUUCUACUGCUCCCUCUUCAGCGCGGCCGGCUCCCUGUCUGUCUUUGCCUCCUAUGCCUUUUGGAACAAGGAGGAUUUCUCCUCCUUCCGUGCUUUCUGCGUGACACUGGCUGUCAGCUCUGGGCUGGGCUUUCUGGGGGCCACGCAGCUGCUGAGGUGGCGGGUUGAGGCGGCCCGAAGGGACCCAGGGUGCUCAGGCCUGACUGUGGAUAGCGGCCUGUGUGGAGAGGAGCUGCUUGUGGGCAGUGAGGAGGUGGACGGCAUCACCUUGGGCCAAUAUCUCCGGCAACUGGCACACCAUCGGAACUUCCUGUGGUUCGUGAGCAUGGACCUGGUGCAGGUCUUCCACUGCCACUUCAACAGCAACUUCUUCCCCCUCUUCCUGGAGCAUCUGUUGUCCGACCAUAUCUCCCUUUCCACGGGCUCCAUCCUGUUGGGUAAGUGUGGUCCUCAGGUGCUUCAUGCAGGCUGGAAGGACAGAGGCUUGCACCCCAGAAACCCUAGUCCAGCUGUGGGCAUGGCCACCUCACCUGCUGGGACCCUGGUGGCAGAGGGUAGGGAGGAAUCUGUUGUGGGAGUUGCACCUCCUAGCCCCCAGCUAUUCCCCCCAGGAAGGGGUGGACAAUCUUUUGCACCAAGGCUUGGAGGGCAGUGGGCUGACCAUGGCUUUCUGUACUCUUUUGUCCUAGGUCAUGACCUCUUCCAGCAGUCCCUGAUAACCCCUGUGGGGAGUGCCCAUCCCUGGCCAGAGCCCCCAGCUCCAGCCCCUGCACGAGCCCCAACGCUCCGCCAGGGCUGCUUCUACCUGCUGGUGCUGGUGCCCAUCACCUGUGCGCUGCUUCAGCUCUUCACCUGGUCCCAGUUCACGCUGCACGGGAGACGCCUGCACAUGGUCAAGGCCCAGCGCCAGAACCUGUCACAGGCCCAAACCCAGGAUGUUAAGAUGGUGUGAGAGGUGUGGCAAGGCCAAGGCCACCCCACUGAGAAUGGUGCUGGCAGCCUGGGGCAGAAGCCAUUUUUUAAGGAUUUCAUUGUUUUGUUUCGUUUUGUUUUGAGAUGAAGUCUCAAUCUGUUGCCCAGGCUGGAGUGCAGUGGUGCAAUCUGGGCUCACUGCAACCUCUGCCUCCCAGGUUCAAGCGAUUCUCCUGCCUCAGCCUCCUGAGCAGCUGGGAUUAUAGGGUGUACCACCACACCCAAUUAGUUUUUGUA